CCCGCCCAGAGAUACCAAAUAAACGGCGGGGCUGACUCCGACCUCGGCAGUAUCAGCUGUAGUCGCUACAAGAUAGAUACGGCCCUUGGGGAUAAAUCCAACCCGCCCGACUGUCUAAUUGACUAACUAGUUACCUACUCAACUGUAACAAAGUUUGGAAUGCUUGCUUUGUAAACAAUAACAGCUUGCCUCUCAUUCGCUGUUGUGCCGUUGCCUUUGCCUUGCAUCAACGACUACAAGGGCGUGUAAGUAGAAGCGCAAGCAAGAUGUUGCUUUUCUCGCCAUCCAUAACAGCCAUCAUCCUCGGCGUCUGCGCCGCUGCUUAUCUGAUUCGAUGCCUCCGGUCGCCUCUGCGCAAGGUGCCGGGCCCGUGGUAUUCGCUCUUCACGGGAGCGGGGCUCAAGUACAAUGAGCUGCAAGGCCAGCGGACUCGGUACAUCCACAAACUGCACCUCAAGUACGGCCCGACGGUGCGCCUGUCGCCGAGCGAGGCCUCGUUCACUGGGCCCGAUGCAGUCAGGGAGAUCUAUGGGUCCGGGGGCAGCGGAUACGAAAAGACCGAGUUCUACGACCUCUUCACCGUCUACGGCAGGAGGACCAUGUUCUCGACGCUGGACAGGGAGAGCCACGCCAGGAGGAAGAGGGUGCUGGCUGACCGCUACGCAAACACCAACGUGAUGAAGCAGCCGGCCCUGAGCGGCAUUGCGGAGAGGGCGAGGAGGUUCGCCGAGUUGUGUCAGGGCUCCGUCGGUGGAAGUCUUGAUAUCUACACAACUCUGCAUUCUUAUGCCUUUGACUGUGUCACGCAUCAUCUUUUCCACCCGCUGUGUACCAAUUCUUUGCAAGACAAGCAGGACGGUGAUAUAAUGAGGGAAGUGACAUUUGACGACAGCCUCAAGAACCGUCUUGUGAAAUAUUACAGCCCUUCACUGUAUCAUAUCGUCGAGCCGCUGCUGUCCUUCAUCACUCAGCCCCGAGCAACACCGCUAGCAGACAAGUUCGUCCUCGACACUAGCGCUCAGACACACGCAUCGCCAUUCACUCUCCUGGACCGACUCCACCAGAGGAAGAACGGCGGUGACCUUGAGCAGAUCGACAUAGCGGCCGAGUGCCUCGACCACAUGGUCGCCGGCAUCGAUACAACUGGCGAUGCGCUUUGCUUCCUCAUGUACCAGCUUUCGUUGCCAUCAUCUGCCACUUUCCAGCGGAAGUUGCAGGCCGAGCUGGCGGCGAACCCGGAUCAUGACGAGACGCCCUUCGACAAGCUUCCGUACCUGGACGCAAUCGUCCAGGAGGGUCUGAGAUGUUUCCCGGCCAUACCGAUGUCGCUGCCGAGAUAUGUCCCAAGCGGUGGGAGGCACGUCGAUGGGUACUUUAUGCCAGAGGGGACUAUUGUUAGUUGUCAAGCAUAUUCUGUCAAUCGAAUCAACGGCGAUAUCUUCCCUCACCCCGAAACCUUCAAUCCAGACCGGUGGCUUGAGGUGGAAGGCGAUGCGACACGAAGAAGAUGCAUGUUCGCAUUUUCCCAUGGCGGCAGAGGAUGCGUUGGCAAACAUUUGGCACUUGCCGAGAUGAAGUUGCUGCUUCGGGAUACCUACUCCCGAUACUCAACGAUUCCUGACUCCAAGAUGACGGACGACGCCAUGGCCAUGUCAGAUCAGAUCAUCUCAUCGAGGCCUGCAGGACAGAAGUGCCUGAUGAGGUUCAUUCCGCUGGUGGACAAUGCCACAUAAGGCCCUGGAGGCCUAGACCUUCGGUGCGGGCGAACAAAAGCAAAAUAUAUUUGCAAAGAUGACGGCUGCAACUUGAAACCGAACACCUACUUUUUUUCUGGAGCGAAGAGAGUAAAACUAGGCUAAAAUAAAAGAAUAGCACCCAAGUCGAUGGCCCUGAUGAUCAUACGGCCGCCACACUACGUUAAUACAUGUAUCGCAUAUGAUAUUUUCAACCAUGUUAUUUUACGAUAUUCAAAAAUAGCCUUGUUCAUAUUAUUUUUUUACGCGGCUAAUCGGAGAAUU